GAAGGCUCACUGACCACAGACACCACAAGACGAAAACGCUGCAGCAUAACUCCGUCUGAAAAAAAUCUUAUUGUGGAGGCGUAUCAAGCUUGUACAGGAUGGACCAACAUUCUGGAUUACGUUAAGACACGUGUUGGAGACUUGCCUGGAUAUAUAGAAAAGACUAUAGAAUACUACGACAAAACGAAUAGCAAGGCCGACAUCAAAAGGAUAAAGAGGAUUAUCAAUCAACAACGCAAACAUUCCCAAAUUCGCAAGCCAAACCAGUCCUCAUCCAUGCUGUCAACAAUAAAUAAUAAAGAUAUGCGAUAUGCCACAAAACAGACUCCAGAGCAGCGAAUAAAACAAAAACUAGCAAUAGCUGCAGCCAAUGUAAGCAGUAGCACCGACGACGAAAUGAUAAUGGGUCCUAAAGAGGAUGAUGGCGAAUGCACAAGCGGUUUGGAAAUGCAAAGACCAGCGAAUAAUACACCACAAGCACCCAACAGCAGCGGAAACGAAAUGAACGUUGACGUCAAACAAACCAAACCCCAAAGAGUUGACAAGAAAGACGACGAGAAAGAAGAAAAGACGAAAGGGCCGCAUAUGCAGCACAUACAACAAUGUGCAAGAAGGCCCUCGUGA